GAAGCAGGAGCGACUCUUUGUGCCUUACAAGCCGUUGUUGGACGGCGGCUCUCCUGCUGAGGUGGAGGAGUUCUUGGAACACGGCAAGUUCAUCUUGGAGGACCUGGAGUGGCUGCUCGCUCUGCCGCAUGACAAAUUUUGGUGUCAGACCCAGCCGUGAUUACUGGAUUUUUGCCAAGUAGGAUUCCUUAUUUAUAAAUGGAAUGUUUUGGUCGUUGGAGCAUAGAAAACCUGUUUAUGACCUUCUAAAAACGCUUUUUAAGAUUGCUAGAGCUUUCUAGACAUGAAAUAACACCCCUCUAGUCUCCUUUACACUUCUAUUACCCAAUAUAGUAGACAUAAUAAAAGAAAAUAAGACAUAGAAACCCUGUUUACGACCUUCUAAAUGUUUUUUUAAACACUAGAGCCCUCUGGACAUGAAAUAACACCCCAUAGUCACCUUCACACUUCUAUUACCCAAUAUAGUAGACAUAGAAAACCUCUUCAUGACAUUUAAAAUGUUUUUUUUUACAUUGCUAGAGCUCUCUAUAAAUAAAAUAACACCCCUAUUAGUCAUCUUUACACUCCUAUUACCCAGUAUAGCAGACAUAAGACAUAUACGACAUAGAAACCCUGUUUACAACCUUCUAAAUGUUUUUUUUAAACACUAGAGUCCUCUAGGCCUGAAAUAACACCCCAUAGUCACCUUUACACUCCUAUUUCCCAAUAUAGUAGACAUAAGAGAAAAUAAGACAGACGACCUGUUUACGACCUUCUAAGUUAAGUUUUUAACAUUAUUAGAGCCCUCUAGACAUGAGGUACCACCCAUGUAGUCACCUUUACACUCCUAUUACCCAAUAUAGUAGACAUAAGAGAAAAUAAGACAGACGACCUGUUUACGACCUUCUAAGUUAAGUUUUUAACAUUAUUAGAGCCCUCUAGACAUGAGGUACCACCCAUGUAGUCACCUUUACACUCCUAUUACCCAAUAUAGUAGACAUAAUAAUAGAAAAUAAGACAUAAUAUAGACACACACAUAUGUUAGCAUUGGGAGAGUUCCGUCUGUACUUCCGGGUUCUGUACGGUACUUUCUGCGGUGGCCAUUGUCUCACCAGUGUAACAUUACUGCCACCUAGUGACCAGAGUAGAAUACUACAUAUCAUCACAACAUCAUUGAAUGGGUCUUCUGAAUGCCUUAUAUUUGUAUUUUAGUUCAUUUAGUCAUUUUUAUGCUUGAAAAUGUUUCAUUUAGGCCAAACAUUAGCACAAUUUGUUUAACUAUGCAUAUUUUUGGACUAAUAGGCCAUAGUUAAGCACAAAAGGGCAUGAAUUAUUAAUUCAUAUAUGUUGAAAAGACCUGAUUGAGUGAAGCCUUGAAGUUCUGGCCUGCCCUGGACUGUAAUGUUGUAAUACGGGCCGUGACUGGGCCUCGUGCCACGCUUUGGACACCACUGUUGGAACCAAACACCGCACACGGUUCUCACAUUCAUGUGUCGGCAUAUACGUGACGUUUAUCUGCACAACUGGGUAUGGAUUUUUUUUGUGUCAUUGGUCUUUGCGUGGUGGUCCUGCUGGUCCACCAGGUGGUGUUUGAUGAGUCCCUGCAGAAAUGUUUAGACUCGUACCUUCAUCACGCUCCUCGCGGCCUGGACCUGGCCGCCCCGCCCUCGUCCCCGGCGGUGGCUGAAAUGCAACGCUCGGUCCACAGGGCCGUCUUCUUGACCUUCCUCAGGAUGGCCACUCACAAGGAGUCAAAGGAGAACUUCAUCACGCCUGCUGUGUUUGGAGAAAUCAUCUACGAGAACUUCCUCUUUGACAUUCCCAAAGUGAUGGAUCUGUGCGUGCUCUUUGGGAAGGGCAACAGUCCGCUGCUGCACAAGAUGAUAGAGAACAUCUUCACGCAGCAGCCGUCUUACUACACAGACUUGGACGAGACCGUACAGACCGUCUUGGAGGUGUUUGACACCAUCACGGAGAAGUGCGGCCUGCAGUGCGAUGGCGCUGCCGCCGCUGCGCCCAUGAAGCUCGUCGCGAACAUGCAGCCAACUGUGGUCAGCAUGAGUCAGCAGGACUUUGUGGACAUUGUUCUUUACCUGUGUGACUCCAGCAGCACCUUGCACGCCUUUCUGAGCGUCUUCCCCGCCGCCUGCGCCACCUUCCAAUCUCGCAGCUUCCUCUGCAGACUGACCUCUUUUUACGAGACUGUCGUGCCUGACCUGGAGAAGGCCAUGAAGAAGAGGAACUUUGAGGAUAAAUGUCUCCAGGAGGACGUGUGGAGGAGGCUGUCUCACUCCUGCCGAAAGAUGCUGGAGACGGCUCACCUGCUGCUGCAUCACACCUGCCUGCAGCCCAUCCUGGAGGGGGCAGAAAACACAGCAACAUUUGCAGAGGAGCUGCUUCAACACUUCACUUCCUUCCUGUCAGAGAAAAGGUUCCUGUCUGACUACGACAAGCUCUUUCCCAUCGCGGACGACGUCAGCCUCCUCCAGCAAGCACUUCCUGUCUUAGACGAGACCAGGACGUCCUACUUGCUGCAGGGCGUCCAGAGCGCGUGCCGGCACAAACUGCAGCCAACCGCUUCCUCGUCGCAGCCCGCCAAUCAGGGAGCAGUGGGCGGGGCUUCAUCCUGUGUGCGGGAAGUGGAAGGUGGAAGAGAGAGCCCAAGUGGUGCAGAGGCCAUGUUGGACGUCUCGCCUAAAGGAAGUAACGGAUCGUUUUGUGCUGUGAGCGAGGGGGAGCUGGAGUCGCUGCUGUCGUGUAUCAGAGACCUGCUGCCCGAGCUGGGCGAAGGCUUCCUGCUGGCGUGUCUGCGGGAGUACGACUACAACUCUGAGCUGGUCAUCAACAACAUCCUGGAGGACAGACUGGCGCCCGGCCUGGACAAACUGGACCGAGCCAUGCCCAGGCCGGUGAAAGAGCAACUCCCCUGCGUCCUGAGCAGCAGGUCCAACGUGUUUGACGACGACGAGUUUGACGUCUUCCGCAGGGAUUGGGUGGACAUGUCCCGCGUCCAGAAGGGCAGGAGGAAAGAAGGAGACGCCCACGAGCUUGUCGACGACAAGCAGCACGUGACGGAGCAGCGAGCUCGUUACCACGCCUACCAGACCGUCGUGGAAGAGGUGGUCGUGCAGCCGGGAGAGGUGGCGGCAGCGGGCGACUACAGCCUGGACGAUUAUGACGACGAGUACGAUGACACGUAUGACAUGAACCAAGUGGGAGCUAACGACCUGGACGGAGACAGCCUGCUCAGCAGGAGGCCCUUCACACUCCCACGAGUCCUGCAACGAGUGACCAGAGCUGAGGGCGGCGGGGACGAUGGCGAGGAGGAGGAAGACGACAACAGCCUGCAGAGCAACAUGAACAGAGACCAGUUUGUUCAGGACCCGGCGGUGCUGAGGGAGCGAGCCGAGGCCAGACGUGCCGCCAUGCAGCACAGGAAAGGCAUCCACCCAGAGCGAGCCAGUCAGGUGGUGGGACGCCCCAAAGGCCAAGGACAGACUCUGGAGACAUUCCUGGACAGGCGCAAGAAGGAGGCCAACAAAGGCCGCGGCGCCAACCACAGCCGCCGCAACAUGGCUGACCGCAAGAGGAACAAAGGUAUGAUCCCCUCCUGAGGAUGGUGAGGGACUGCAACGAGGGCGUGUGGCCACGCUUCACAAGAUGUUUAUUAUUUGGAACAAAUCAGCUCAGUCAUGACGUCUUCAGGACACUGGCGCCACAUGGGAGCUUAUUGCAUGUGCACAGGAGCGUGCAUGUGACGUCAUCCAGUCUGCUCAAUGAGCACGAAGCGUUGCGUGUCUUUUGUCCCGACAGCACGUGUCGACGCUUCCAAUAAAUACUUAAUAACACUAACGUGACAUCAUUUGGACCUAAACAUCCUGCUGAGGUUGUCAUGGUUACAGAGGGCAAAAAAUGCCCUCGCCAGUCUGGUUGCUCCCACAUCCAGCAUGGGUGUCUUAAAGCAAACAAACAGUGUUGUGGAGUGUUAGCCAGCCCCAGACAAAGGUCUCCGUGGCGACCGCUAGCUGUCUCUGUGGAUGGAAGACGACUGAAGUGGCUGGCCUGGUGGUCACAUGACCAUCUCAGCGAGGAUGCUGCGCUUGCACAGCGGGCAGGUGUGAUGCAGCAGCAGCCACGGGUCCACGCAGUCCCGAUGGUACUCGUGUCGGCACGGCAACACACGGAGACACUGCGCGCGCACACACACACAUACACACACACGGACACGCGUCAAUCGCUCGCAAGAGCUCGGAAGAGUGUCAGCUGACCUGGUUGUUGUUGAAUGCCUCCAGACACACGGCGCAGGUGUCUGUCUCGCACCAGCGUUUGGGCCGACGGUACGUUUUGGUCUUCAGGGACAGCAUUGUCUUCAGGAUGUCCUGUUUAGGAAGCAACUGAAGGAGACCAUGCGGUUUUGGGCGGCGUUGCGCAGAAAGACGCAGACACCAAAGAGGCCAAAGUUCUACCUCGGAGUUGUCGUUUAGCUGCCGGUCCUGGUACUGCCAGCGGGCCUGAACGAUGACGCCCGUGCUGAGGAUGAGCGCCACCAGCAGGACAGUGUCCCAAAGCUGCUGCAGGUACUUCUAAAGACAAAAGUGACAUCUGCACCGCGCUGCCGGAGCAAAGAUGAGCCCGCGCCCACGCCACACUCGUACCUGCACCUGUGAGUUGGUCUCCCCCGUGCAGAUGACGCCCUGCCACUCGCCAUAGCGACCCCCUCUGGAGCGGCCGCAGCUGGACCACAGUGUGAGCGUGGCGCCCUGUCCCCAGUGCGCACACGCGUGCGCGCGCGCACGCACACACACACACACACACACACACACACAGCCGGUCACAUGAUCACUCCGAGGGUUGCUAAUGGCAACACUCACCAAGUUGUCGUGCAGGACAGUGGUGAAGGUUAUCUUGGCAGUGACCUGGAGACCCCUGAAAAACAUCAUUCAAAUUGUGAAUGACGUGAGUCAAAUGUCUUUUUUUUUUGUGUCCAUUUUAGUAUGCUCAAGAAUGGACACGGUGUACCUUUUUUAUGAAGUGGCCAGUAAAUAUAGAGGUGGGCGAUACUACAGCACACAAAAAUCUGAUCAGCCACCUGAAACACCAGCACUGCAUCAUUUAGAAAGUGGAAAAGGUUUGCCAGAGACCUCCGUGGCGUUACACCGGCUGCUCGGAGUGUGUGCCCGAAUACGGCGCAUCUUGCUGGGCCACGCCUGGUGGCUCCCUCCCCUCUAUACUCUGGUUCUCCUGAUAGUAGUGAUGUGGUGGUAGUAGUAAUAUCAUAUUUGAUUGGGUCAAAUCAACAGGUACACUUGGUCAAAUUCUAAUUUGUUGGGAGUCCUUACCUCCAGGUGUGCACAAACUACACUUAAAUCUUAAUAAAAGAAACAUAUAAACGUUUAUAUAAAUAUAUUUCAACAACACAACAAAAACCACCCAGAUAUUUGUGAAAAUACAGAAAAAUAUCGAGCUCAUCACAGCGGUAUCAUUAAUAUCGCUAUUUGGAUCGAUCCGCACCCUGGCUAGUUUAGUACCUGAGCAGAGCACUAAUGAGCCUGGUGACAUUUUCAGACGUCUGGAUCACGAUGACAGGCUUGCACAGAGCCUGAGACAGAUCCAUCUGUACGACACACAAAACACAAGUCUGCGUUGGAUUUGUAUGACAGGAAAGUCACAAGUAAUUGCAGUUGGUCAACAGAUUUCAAAUGUGAAAGACCCAGGCACGUGACCAUUUGUGCACUAGAUGUAGUACCGGGACCAACCAGCGAGAGGCAGUAAUGCGUCACCCAGGCAGACGAAGAAGAGGUCGGCUAGCCGUUAGCUUAUCUUGGGAAAGCGUCUCAUGUUUAGCAUGUCAGCGGUUAAAGCAGCACAUUUCGGCUAUUUCCUGAUGUAUUGUAGAUUACUAUCUGUGACGUAUAUCUGUUUAUAUGUUAAGCCACUAUUUUUGCGCCAUGUGUUAACACCGUUUCAUUGCCGACUUCGACAUUCUUGUUUACGUUCUGGCGCUCACUGUUGACCAAUUGGAGACUAGAAAGGUGUCACGUGGGAAGUGACGCAUUGACGUACGUUUGGAAUUGUUUUUUACCAUGUGACCAGAAUGAUUAACACAUAAUUACAAAAUGACUGCGUUUCAACAUUGUUUGUACGUCGUGUACGUGACACUUUAAUUACCUCUCUGACUGUGUUUUGGUUGAGAGCCAGGAUGAUGAGAGCAGACGCUCCAAGGACCAAAGCUCGCUUCAUCUGCACAAAUUACAAAUCCAAUACUUUACAUUUACGGUGACCAAUCAGAGCAGAAGUCGGGGCUCAAAAUCCACGUGAAGGACUCCUGCUUCCCAGUGGACACUUGACUGUCAUCCACUGGCAACACGCCGAUCCAAAGCUCCGCCUCCUUGGUGACGCCAUCACCCUCACCUGCGCUCAUCCCAGGCUCCUCCCCCUGAAUCUGCAGGCAACGGCAAUGAUGUAACAACACUAACGGCGUCAAUGUUAAAAUUCCGUGCUACCUAUACCAGGACCAGUUCUCCUUCCAGGUGGUGCGGUUCCUCGUUCCUGCCCUCGGCGCUGGCGGCCACCACCUCACCGCGAAGCAGAGUGCCGCCGAGCCGCUGCUCCACCGGGUACACCUCCACCACCGCGACCUGCUCAGCCGCCGCUGCGGCCAUCAGAAGCCCCGCCGGCCACAGCAGAAGGACGAGUGGGGACAGGCAGCGACGAACCUCGGCCAUGGUCCAGCGGCCUUAAGUGGGUGAGGUAAUGGGGCGUUUAGGCGUUUUAAUUGGUGGCGACCAUUGUUGGGAACGAGCUGCUGAAGCUAACGCAACUAGCCGAUAGAUUGUAAACAAGCGAAGGGCACUUCCGGCCCACACCGGAAGCUACAUUGGGGCGAUUAUCUUGAGUGGAAGUGACGCCUGCCUCGUGCCGGACGCUAAUUCGGUAACUUGAGUCUUUUACACAAUUUUUACACUCUUGAGUGAUACGUAACCCUUACAACCAUUUCGUCAAGCUAAUUGUUGUGUUAGGAUUUAUCUUUAAGCAAGAAUGCUCCAGCAUGUACUUCCGGUUUCGUCUUCAACACAAGCUACUUAAAAAAAUAAUUUAAAUCAUGUCAAAUGUUACGUAUCAUACACAAAUUACAUGCUUUUCCUGGACAUAAACUAUGUUUUUACCCUCAAAAAUACAAAGUACCCGGCUUUAUAUCAAAUGAUUAGAUUCUAAUAUAAUAAAAUAUAUAAAUACUCAAGUAAAAAUGAUAACUUUACUAAAAGAAUACAAGACCACCCACACUGCCUUCCUUCAUAAAUAUUUUAUGUACAAAAUAUUGUUCCACACUUAUAUUCAAGAUGAAUGAUACGUACUUUACAGACAUUAGUCACGUGACAUACAUGAAAGCAUACAUUUCCACUUUUGUACACUUUUAGUUACAUGCUCUGCUUUUAGGCUUAUCAUUGGACUUUUUGAUGUUGUUUGUACAAAGUUACACUUUCUACAGAGUCUGCAUUUCUGUCUGCAGUUCUCACCAAGAAGAUGCUUUCAGUUGAACGUUUUGGCAAUAAGCGACUCUUGCGUGUCUUGGCACAUUGUAAACUCACAAGAUGAAUAAUACAUCCAACCAACCAACUAACUAAACUACCGUGGGUUCCUUUUCAGCACUGACUUGCUUUUUAACACAAAGACUGUUAAAUGACACCUGUUUUUCUUGUCGUUUCUCAGCAUUUUGGCAGCUUCCCUCCUGAACAAGUAAACAGUCGCCACAGUUGAACCAAAAAAUAGAAAUAAAAAAGGCAGAAAGCAGGUCAUGGGACGGCUGCCGACGAGCACGCUGCGGCAUCCAAUGGGAGCGCUGCGCUUGCUCUAAAGCAGGGGUGUCCAAGCUUGUUCUCGGGGGUGGCACAAGAUCUCGUGAGAUGGAAACCUGACGCGGCUCGGGACGCUAAUAAACUAAUUCAUCACACAAUAACUGAAAUCAAACCCAAUAGUGUGCAUGUGUGUCCAAACAGGCGGGAAGCGGGUUCACUCUGUGCAUCACUUUCAGCACCUUGACGCGUUUGUUCCAUAGAACAGCAUGAACAGAGUGAGCCCUUUUGUCAGUCAAACAGGCUCUUUGUGUCGAUGGGUGGAGGCGGGGCCGCUAGCAUACACACAGAGUAUGCUAGCAGAAGAGUGGAACGUAGUAGAAAUGGUGGUAGUGGGUUGACUUUUAAAAUAUACAUUUUGUUCUUGAAUAUUCCAAGUCUAUGCUGCUAACAUGUCCUCAUGUUUCCUCCUAAUAUUACCGCUUUAUUCUUGUUAGAAUGCUACUUUUUUCUCUUUUGCCUUCUCAUGAAAUUACAGCAGUUUGUACAUUUUAUUUUCCAACUAUUUCAACUUUCUUCUUGUAAAUUUUCUUCUUAAUUUUAUGACUUUAUUCCCAUAAUAUUACAACUUUUUCCCCCCCAACCUCAUUUUCCAAAAAUUAAUUUGUUUCUCAUAAAAUUACGAUUUUUUUUUAAAGAAAACAUCAUUAAAAAACAUAUGUGUCAACUUCACGCUCCUAAUUUUCCUGUUAAUAUUUUUGACUUUGUACUUGUAAAAUGACCGAUUUUUCCAUUUUUUCCCUAAAUGAUAUGUGCUGUGAACCACAAAUGGCCCCCCUUGGGACGCCCGUGCUUGAGAGGCGUAGUGUAGACGGCGUGGACGCGCAUCAAGCACCCCUCUGAAGGACACAAAGUGAAGAAGGUUGGUAGAAACGCGGGUCCGUGUCCUCGUUGCGGGCGUCCUUGUUGGUUUAAAGGCCGUCAUGGAGAAGAUGCAGCGAUGCUAAAAGUGCCGUCCAAUCAUUAAUAGAAAAUGGCCGUACGGGAGGCGGGACGUGAGCGGCCGCGUGUGUUCAUGAAGGAAAUGACUUGUGGAUCGUCGUCGUGACGCAGGAGUCUGCCCUUGUGAGGCUGGUUCCAGUGUGGGGGGGUGGGUGUUGCUUAGCGACUCAUUCAAGGUUGAAGGUGUCAUGCAUGUGAAGGACCUGGAAAUCCGGAGAAGAAUAAAGGAUUGCGCUUUCGGGCCUAACAAGGUCGCGUUACGGCUUGGACAACUGGAUCAUGUGAUGAUAUUACUGUCUGGUAAUGCUGCCCCCUGCUGGUUAGGAGGUUGGUUAAAAUAAGGGAGCAGAGACCCCCCCAAGGCAUUUUUACACGUCAUAAUGGACGUGUCUCCAGGCGUCCUCACAUGGAAGGACUUUGAUCCCAUCCCGACGUUUGGCUCAUCUUCCCUCCUCGGCGGGCCUGGUUUCAGACUUGGUCUUGACGAACUCCUUGGCGACCUCGUCGGCGGGCCGCUGGGACAGGAUGCGCAUGACGGUGGUGCCCGUCUCGUCCGUGUCCACGCGCGGCCCCAGGGGACACCAGCACACGCAGCUCUUGCGGUCGGCCACAUCGCGCAGCUGCAGCACGGCCACGCCCACUACGCGGUCCGCCCGCCCGAAGCAGUAGUCCUUCACCGCCGCCUGCAGCUCGUAGCAGUCGGGAGACUCCUUGCCCAGGACGCUGGGGGGGGGACAGGAUCAAAAGUGUCUAAGCUAGCUAUGCUAGUUGCUAACUGAGAGUCAACCUAAACCAGGGGGGUCCUAACGAGGGCAGCAUUGCAAACUCACUCUUUGCCCUUUUUUUGACCCACUUUUCAUCUUUCCUCUUACAUAAUCCUCCCAAAUCUGCUUUCCCACUAUAUUGGCACUUGAUGAUUGAUGAUUUCGCUUCCAAAAAUGACAACUUUUUUUCUUUUGUUUCUUAUAUUAUGACUUUAAAAAAUAACAUCACUUUCAUCGAAUAUUUCAACUCUGUGCUCCGAAAAUGACACUUCUUCCUCAUGGUAGUAACACUUUAUUCUCGUAAAAUGACCACUGCUUUUAAAAAGGUUUUGCAAAUAUUUCAACUUUCUUAUUGUAAAUGAAGUUCUCGGAAUAUUACGACUUUAUUCCCACAAUAUUCCAACUUGUUCUCCAACAUAGUUUUGUUUCUCAUCACAUGACAGCUUUAAAAAAGGACUCUCAGCUGUGUGCUGCUAAAAUGACAUAAUUUUUCCUCAUAUUCCCAACACUUUAUUCUUCUAAUUUUGCAAUUGUCUUGAUUUUAUUCUUGUAAAAUCACAGCUGUUUUUUUCCCAUUUGUUUUUUUUAUUUAAUUUCCAAAUAUUUCUACUCUCUUCUAUUUUCUUCUGGUAACAUUAUGUCUUUAUUCCCAUUUUAACCUAAAAUAAACUUAAUAUAAACUUAAACUUAAUAUAUAUAGACUUCCCCCCCAAUGCUUUGUUUGUCUUAUUACAUUACAACUUAUAAUAUACUGUAAUAUAACUUAUAUUAUUACAUUACAACUUAUAAUAUACUGUAAUAUAA